UUUCUUUUCAAUCCGACGUCAAACGAGUCGAGUCCGUUUUGGUGAGCGGUCGUGGAGUUUGUGCACACGACUUGUCAUCACAUUUUUUUGUGAAAAAAAAUUAAAAAAUAAAAAAAACCAAAAAAAAAUUUAAAAAACCCAAAAACAAAAAAAAAGUAGCAAAAAUCGAAAAAAGUGAUAAAAACUUUCUUUUAAGUUUUUCCUUUGUGUAGAUUUUCUUUUCUUCUUAAAUACAAAAAACUUGAAAAGUAAAUAACAAACGGACUUGAAAAUGGCUUCUUUAUACGUGGGUGAUUUGCAUCAAGACAUCAAUGAGGCUGGACUUUUUGAUAAGUUCUCCCUUGCUGGCCCAGUUAUGUCCAUUCGUGUAUGCCGUGACAUCAUUACUCGUCGUUCAUUGGGAUAUGCUUACGUUAAUUUCCAACAACCAGCUGAUGCUGAACGUGCUCUCGACACCAUGAAUUUUGAUUUGAUCCGCAACAAACCCAUCCGUAUUAUGUGGUCUCAACGUGACCCCUCAUUGCGUCGCUCCGGCAUUGGCAAUGUUUUCAUCAAGAACUUGGACAAAAGCAUUGACAACAAAGCCAUCUAUGACACAUUCUCUGCCUUUGGCAAUAUCUUGAGUUGCAAAGUUGCCACCGAUGAUAAGGGCACCUCCAAGGGUUAUGGUUUCGUACAUUUCGAGACCGAAGAAGCUGCCAACAGUGCCAUCGAAAAAGUCAACGGUAUGUUGUUGAAUGGCAAGAAAGUGUACGUUGGCAAAUUCAUUCCACGCAAGGAACGCGAGAAGGAACUCGGCGAAAAGGCCAAAUUGUUCACCAACGUCUAUGUCAAGAACUUUGCCGAAGAUGUCGACGACGAGAAAUUGAAGGAGAUGUUUGAACCAUAUGGCAAGAUUACCAGCUACAAGGUAAUGACUAAGGAUGAUGGCAAGAGCAAAUGUUUUGGAUUUGUGGCCUUUGAAACCACCGAGGCAGCUGAAGCUGCUGUUGAGGCUCUCAACGGUAAGGAAGUUAGCGAGGGCAAGACAUUGUAUGUGGCCCGUGCCCAGAAGAAGGCCGAACGCCAACAGGAGCUGAAACGUAAAUUCGAGGAAUUGAAAAAGAAACGCCAAGAGUCGGUGUUUGGUGUCAACCUGUAUGUUAAGAAUUUGGAUGAUACCAUCGAUGAUGAACGUUUGCGUAAGGAAUUCUCGUUGUAUGGCACCAUUACCUCCGCCAAGGUUAUGACCGAUGAAGAGGGCCGUUCCAAGGGCUUUGGUUUCGUGUGCUUUGUUGCCCCCAAUGAGGCCACCUGUGCCGUUACUGAAUUGAAUGGCCGUGUCAUUGGCUCCAAGCCUUUGUAUGUUGCCUUGGCCCAACGCAAAGAGGUGCGUAAGGCUCAUUUGGCCACCCAAUAUAUGCGUCACAUGGGUGGUAUGCGCAUGCAGACCCUUGGUCAAAUCUUCCAACCCACAACUGCUGGCGGUUACUUUGUGCCCACCAUGGGACCCGGACAACGUUUCUUCGGACCCCAGGUGCCCACCGCUAUGCGCAACACUCCACGCUGGGCUGGUCAGGUACCAAGACCCGUUGCUGGAGCUCAAGGUGUGGCUCAGGCUGCCCCUGCUGCCGGUGGCUUCCAAAAUCCUGCCAUUCCCGGUGCAGCUGGUGCACAAUACCGUCCACCAAAUGCCGCUGCUGCCGCCGCUCGCGGUCAACAACAAGGCGUGCAAGGUGCCCACGCAGGUGCGGCCAAUAGCAUGCGCAACACCGGAGCUAGAGCCAUUACUGGCCAGCAAACUAUUCCAGCCGCCAAUAUGCCAAUGGCUGGUGCUCCUAUGCCAGCUGGUGCUGGACAACAAAGGGCUGCAAACUACAAAUACAACACCAAUGUCCGUAAUCCUGCAGUACAACAGGUCCCAGCUCAGCCUCAGGUUCAGCAAAUGCACCAAAAGGGUGGUCAAGAAAAAUUGUUGGCCUCCAUGUUGGCCAAUGCCAAGCCUCAAGAGCAAAAACAAAUGUUGGGUGAACGUUUGUAUCCCAUGAUUGAACGCAUGCACCCCAGCAUGGCUGGCAAGAUUACCGGCAUGUUGUUGGAAAUUGAAAAUUACGAACUUUUGCACAUGAUCGAAGAUCAUGAUGCCCUCAAGGCCAAGGUUGAAGAAGCUGUUGCCGUGUUGGAAGUUCACAAUGUUCGUGAAACUGUGCCUACCAACUAAACAAAGGAAAAACUUGCAAGAAACCAAAAAAAAUUAAAAAUUUACAAAAAACAAGCACUACAAAAAACAAACAACAACAACAAGAAACUUUAUAGUAGCAAAGCAGAAACUCUUCACUCAAAUGGAAAAAAAGGAAAAUCAACAUUUUUAGAAAUCCUAAACUACAAAACAAAAGCUCAGCAAAUACCCACUCUUUAUGAAAUUUUAAUGGAAUUUUGUUAAUUUUUCUUUUGAAUACCACUACUACUACUACUACUAUGUUUUGUUCUUUUUUACAUAAGCAUUUUCUAGAUUUUGUCUUAACAAACAUUGAAAAUCUAAUCUUCUUUCUCUUUAUGUUUUUGAUUUUUUCCCUUCAUACCAUCAGCAGUCGCAAAUCGAGCAAGUUUCUCUCCACAAUGAAAAAAGAAAGAAAAUGAAAUGAAAUUAGAAGAACUAUGUAUGAAAUUCAUUCUGCCGAUCACCAAACGGAAUUUUAGCUGUCCUCUUGUGUGUGUGUGGCAAUACCAUAAACAAAACAUUUUUAAUACUUGUUUUUAAUUAUUUUUUGUUUGAGCUAUUGCCGCCAAGAUUCCAAGGGGGACAUUAACAUUAUGAUUCGUUACAAAAAAAAAAAAACUGAAUUUUUUAAUUUCUUUUAAUUUGUAAAAUUUUCAAAAAUAAAUUUUUUUAUCUGCUGAGUUCUAGAAAACAUAUAUUUUUGUGUUCGCCACCUCCAACAUUUUAAAACAUUUCAAAAAACCAAAACCAAAAAAAAAUUGCAAAAAAAUCGAAAAAAUUAAAAACUUAAAAAUUGAAAACAGUUAAUGAAAAUGCAUAAAAAUAUUGAAAAACCAAACAACAACAAGAAAAAAACCUAAAAAACAAGAAGAAGAAGAACAAGAACGAUUUUUUGCUACUUGAAACAAGAUAAAAAAUUGAAAAAUACUUUCAAACAAAAAACUUUAAAAAAUCCACAAAAAAAUCGUAAAAUGCCAUUUAAAAAAACCUUAAAAAAGUAACCAACAACCAUACAAGGUUAAAAUAUAAUUUUUUUGAAAUAUAACAAAAAAAAAAACAAAAUCCAAAUACAAAAAAAUCGCAAAAAAUUUGCAAAAAAUAUUUAAAAAAUACAACAAAAAAAGUAUAUAAAACUCUCAAAGCAAAUAAAAACAAGGCCUACAAAAUACACCUUAUGGCUUCAAAAUGUGUGGAAAUAUUGCUUUCUUCACCCCCUCAAACAAAGUAACACCAAUUUGUUUUUGGCAUUUCCUGCCCUGCCCAGCGCCCUUUUAUUUGGAAAACAAAACGAUGGCGUAUGAGUUUUUAUUUAUAUCUGGUGGCAAGAAAAAAUAA